GUUUGUUAAAGGUGCUGAGAAUUGUUAGGAGGCCUCUAUUCUCAUCACAGAGCUACAAUUCUCAGUGAUUUAACAAUCAGUUCCUCUUCCUGCGGAUCUCUAAAAAUGCUAAGCAUAUUUACUACUGUUAGAAAAUAAAGCCAUGACCAGUAGCUCCGAGCAAGCUUCUGUCAGUCAGGAAGCUUUAAUUUCAUCUUGAUUUUGUUUCAUUUCAUUCCAACUGAAAACGCUUCAUUCUUGGAUGAGUUGGCGGAUGGGCAAUGCUAAUUUCCACCAAGUGGGUCAGACAAAACCUCAACAGGCCACCUCCUGGUUCAUGCCGGGGUCAGGGCAUCCCUCCUGCUGAGGCUCCUGCCAUUAACAUUAUCUUAGCCUUCUAAGUAGAGGGGCUACCAAAUCCCCCAUCUGGACCCGCUUUUUCUGCUGGGCGAAACAGGAACCAUCUCCAGCUAAUCCCCUGUAAUCCCCUGCCACGUGAUACCCUUGCAAAGUGCGUUUGCAAAAACAUACUGUCAGAAUCAUCUGCUGAUGGUUGUCCUGGGAAGUGAUGGGAAUGGAAUGGUGAGAGCGGGAACCCAGGCGGGGCCACCAUGGACUCCCUGCAGCCACACCAGAAAAAGGCAAUUCAAAGUUCUGUUCCCCAUCCCGUGGUUGGAUUGAGAGGAGAAGGAUGAAGGAAGAGACCAGCAUUCCAUGGAGAGGGGAGGGUUUGGAGGAUCAAUGUACCUACAUUGUGAACGACCAGCUGUACGAACCACACACCAACCUUCCGCGAGUGCAAGCCUCUUUGCCCCGGAACCUGGCCUUCCAACGCAACAGCAACAAUGAGAUAAUAGCUGUGAUCAGCAGAGAGUAUAUCCCGCAAGGAACACGCUUUGGGCCGCUGGUUGGCAAGAGCUACACCAGAGAGAAUAUCCCCAAAAACAUGGAUCAGAAGCACUACUGGAGGGUUCUCUCUGCAAAAGGAGAGCUCCACCACAUCCUUGACAUGAAUGACCCCGACUGCAGUAACUGGAUGUGCUACGUGAAUCCAGCUCCCACCCAUCUGGCCCAGAACUUAAUGGCUUGUCAGUGCGACCUGGAGAUCUAUUUCUAUACCAUAACACCCAUCUUGGCUGGAGCUGAACUUUUGGUUUGGUACAUGCAUGGGGUACCUAGACAAUUCCAAAGCUUGCUCUCAGGGGAGCUGGCAACUAAACCAGAGUAUCUAAUCUCAAGGGAUUUCCUGGUACAGCCCUUCCCUGGGAAAGUCAGUAGACCACCACAGAAUGCCUCCAAAGAUGACCAAAAAUGCACAGCUAUUUACACAAAGAUAGACAAGGAUGAGGAAGAGAUAAUUGAUGUUGAAGAGCUAGAACAAGACAUGCCGCCAAGGAAGACAGCAGAAAACCAAAAAGUGUAUUCAAAGGCACAGAUCCCUGGGAGCAUGCAAAAACAGGCCACAAAGCUUAACUUUUCCCACAAUGCAUCCAAGGAAGAAGUUGCUUCUGAGAAGCCUGGUCUUCCAAGCCAAAGAGACAUGGGCCCAGAGAGACAGUAUGGCCCCAGUUGCUACCCAUACAACGCAAUUACCUCGCUCUGGAAGGAAAUUCCACUCCAUCUCAGCAACCCGUCUUCCUCCUACUCAGGGUGCCUGCCAAGAAGCAACCUGCCCCAGGCUUAUCACUAUGCCUACAACACCUCAGCUGCCCACCACCCCACACCUCUACUGGGCCCUCAGACCUUCUCAUUUCCAUUUGAAUUGCCUCUAACUAGUCCUAGAGAAAUCAUAUCCCUAAAUUUGUCUUCCCUGGGGAAAAGGCAACCUCCCACUCCGGGGAUGUCUCAAGCUGUCUUCCCUCCCAUCUUGCCACAUGGAAAACAAGUGGACCAGAAACCACCAAAUCGUUUCUCUUCCCUCCACACCAGAAUCUUCUCAUUUCUGGACUCUGACCAAGGGCACUCUGCCAUUUCACAUGGCUCCAUAGUUCAGCAGCUGAAAGCUCCCUCCCAGCUUGCCUGCCAGGAUGAGACCAUCAACCUCAGUACGCCAAAGACCAACCCACCAGAUUCCCAGGAAAGCAGCAAGUCUACGACGUACCCUCUGGGGGAGAAGAAUGGCAAAAUCAAAUAUGAGUGCCGUAUCUGCUCCAAGAGCUUUGGGCAGCUUUCUAAUCUCAAGGUCCACCUGAGAGUGCACAGUGGCGAGAGGCCUUUUCAGUGCCAGGUCUGUAAAAAACGUUUCACCCAGCUGGCUCACCUGCAGAAACACCAUCUGGUGCACACAGGCGAGAAGCCACACAAGUGCCUGGUCUGCCCCAAACGCUUCAGUAGUACCAGCAACCUCAAAACCCAUCUCCGCCUGCACUCUGGGAUAAAGGCUUAUGCAUGCUGCCUAUGCCACAGCCGUUUCACCCAGUACAUCCACCUCAAACUCCACCAGCGCCUCCACGAUCACCAGCGCCUGCACCACUGCCCCAGCUGCCGCAAGACCUACAUCCACUGGGUUAGCCUGGAGGUACACCGGCGGGGGUAUUGCCCGCUUAACCCGUGUGCCAACUGCUCGCCUGCCCAGCUCCGCCAUUUCAAUGACAUGAUUGACCGCUUUGACUUCAGCCCACAUGCCGACCAGCUGGAGGAGGGAGAGCCUGAUCCUGUCAGGGCUGCUGUGCUAGUGGAGGCCAUCAUCCUGAGGGAAAUGGUGGCAGCUGGUCAGCACAACGCCCUCUGUUCACCAAACCCCCACAGGCAGUUUGCGUUCUUCCCAGAGAUGAGCUACACCGUUUGUUUUAAGAGAGAGUCUUUGCCGACACAACCAGCCUAAAUGUUUGGGCUCAUGGCUGGCCCGCCAGUCUGUGAGUUAAGAGGCAGGAUGGAAGCUUGCUGACUGCGUACACGCCAUAUACAGUG